UUCGAGACCUUAUAUACCUCGCCCAUUUGCUUGUCUUGGCGCGUUUGACUAAUCACCAUCACACGUUUCGUCAAAAUCAUAAAAUAAUGAGAUCAAAAGGUCUCGUCAUGCGAAAUACACAUAGUUCUUCAGAUCAAAUUAUAUUCAGUCGAUCGACACAGGAAAGCUUCGACAUUUUUCUGGUAUCCAAGAAUAAUUUGUGUCUACGUAUGAUAGCGGAUGGUGAGGGAAUUGGAGGUGAUGAGAAAAUUGAACAGCUUUUAUACUUAUCGUUGUACGCGUGCUUAGGCUAUUUUCCGGCCGCGCUUAGCUUUCAUCAUCACUAUCACCAUCGCUGACAAUUUUCAAACCUGGCACUGUUCUCUUCGUUUUCUUAGCGUAUCCUGAGAAGACACACGCGCGCAUGGAUUUGGAUUCUUUAUCUGUUCAAUUCCAUAUGACGCGUUCAAGGCACGUGACAUGGGCCGAAGGACCUCCAGGCAGCAACGUUUGAAGUCAGGCCUCCAGCUCGCUUAACGUUCUGAUGCAGUGAUACGAUCUUGUGCGUUCACUUCCCCUCACUCACGCGGAAGCAAAAGCUACACCAUCACAACGAUGCUACAGUCACUGCCGACCGAGCUGCUAUACCAUGUUGCUGAUUUCGCCGCGCCUCGAGAUAUCCUCGCCCUGACCGAGACAUGUUUGGCGCUUCGGGAUGCCUAUGACCACAGCGCUUUCUGGGAACAGUCUUUUGCGGUGCUUGUGCCCACGGUGUCUUCGCCUUUGAUUAAAAACGAUAAAGAUUUGGUCGCAAAAAUCGCACAUCAGAUGAGUGAUGCGGAUGAAGAAGCAGGACUUUCUCGACCGGGCCAACAACGAUUGAUGUGGAAAUGCCUUUUUGUUACGGCAGAGCGAUUGCAACACAUGAAUGAAGAAUUGAGAAACGAUUUCGAAAUAGCUUACGGAUUUACAAGGGUUCCUCCCGAACAGCGAGAAAAGAAGCUUGUUAGUCUGCAUGAUCAGCCUGUGAAUCGAUUCGACGGGAGUGAAGACGUAUCAAAAACACCUAUUGUACCGCCCUUGGCGAGACCAAUCGAGCGAAACUUGAAGCUUUUAUCCAUGGCGAUUGUAUGGGGCUGCUCUUCGAUCGGCGACAAUCACACCUUGGCCACUCUUAAUAAAUAUCACAAAUUGGCUUUUAGCCACGGAAAAUCACCUGACCUAAAGCACUAUCUUGAAUCGCGUAGUUUGGAGAUCUCAUUUUGCGCGGUAGCAUGCAUCCUGCACAAUGCUUGGAGAAAACAACAUGACCUUGAUUCCGUCGCAAACGAUAUCGAAGGCGAAGAUUCACAUGAAUUCAUUUCGGAUUUUGAGCGUCACUACUAUAUGAAAUUCUUCCCGAAACAAACCGAAUUUUCUCAAGACGAAUCGCACAUCUGCUUCCCGCAGAGUCUGGCGUUGGCGAUUUGUGCCUAUGUGGGGCGCGAUUACCCCAAACCGCCGCAUCUUCAUCGGAUCCCAUUUUUGUCUCAAAGCAACGAGGAACAAUCUCUAGAAACUACCGCAGUUCCUGACGAGCCGAGAUUUGGCGGUAUUCAGAAUCUUCCUCUUCCGGACAUGUCCGGGAUCCCUAUGGACCCUUUAGCAUCAUCGCUUUAUAACACCAUCAGCUGGAAUGCCUGGUACACAGCUUGCGCUCAAUCACUAAGACACGAGCUCAUGAAUGGCUUGUGGGAGGGGGUCUAUACGUAUGAUAUCAGCCAACCCAUCCCUCUCGUCGAUCCCAUGAUGGAACAAAUACAAUUCCAGAUAUCACACGAGAGCCAAUCACAGAUAUCAUUUCAAGCAGAGAACUGCAUAGAUGGAAUCGGUGCUUUCAGACUGUUUGGGCGCGUCGAUAUGGAGAAUGGCACUUUCAGGGCAGAGAAGCGGUAUCUCGGUCGUCACGGUUUUCUAUGGAAGGGGGCUGUCACGCCAAUGGGGAUCGCGGGGUACUAUCACAAUGUGCCACGUCCCGGUUCUUGGUAUCCGUUGCCGUUGGGGAGGUUUUGGCUUUGGAAAAGGGAGUGGAGGACCGCUGAAGAUAUUUGA